AUGUAGGAUUAUAUUAAAAUAAUAGAUGCUUAAGUAAUGGAGGAGUCUCUUAUAAACUAUACUCAAUAUUAGAUUAAAGGAGUACGUAAAGGAGAAGAGUUUUUAAUCAAUAAAAGAUAUAAUGAUUUCGUUAUUUUAAAAGAGGUAUUUAAUAGGACUUGGCCAGGAUGUUUUAUUCCACCAAUUCCACAAAAAAAAUCUCUGGUAUUUUAAUACAUAAAAUAUUUUUAGGGCAAUUUAGACUCCAAUGUAAUUACAUAUCGUUCUAAAUACUUAUCAUAUUUUCUGAAAAAGAUAUUAAAAAUUCCUUAUCUUUGGUUAGGCGAAGAGAUGAGUAUUUUUAUUAAAGGGACCAUUGAAUAAUUAUAAGAAAUGGCAAAAAAUAAAACUCUACAAUAAAUUAUAAGCAAAUAUGAAGAGACUUUUACUUUUAACGAUAAUUAACAAGUUUAUGAUAUUGAUUAAUUUUAUUCCUCAACUUGCCAUAUAAUACCUAUGAUUGAAAAUUUUUCAACAAUGGCCAAGAACCUUAUGAAAGAGAAAGAAACUUAAAAUUCAGGGUUUGUAAUGUUUGUAGAACACUUUUUACCUUAAUUCGAAAAAUUACAAUAAUAAAAUCAUUCAGGUAUUUUUAAUAAUAUUCUUUAAGUAUUUUCUAAUUAAGAAACUUAAGAAUAAUUUUAAUUAUCAAAAAAAUGUUGCACUAAAAAUGAAUAUAAUAAAGUUUAUGAAUAUACAAAGAUAGUAGAAAGAGAAUUAAUAGCUUGUAAAGAUGCAUUGAUUUAAAGAAAUACAAUUGUUUAAAAAGUUAAAGAUGAAGAUGAGAAAUUAUAUAAAUUGAAUAUUCAAUUAUAAGAAUUACAUUCAAAAACUUUACUUUUUGGUAAGAAAGAAGAAAAAGUGGCAGCUAUAUAAAAUUAAAUUUAAUAAUAAUAAUUAAGUGUUGAAUAAUUGAAAUAACUACUAUUUUUAAUAAAUAAAUUAAUUUCUUAAUAAGAAAUACCAAAUUUCUAUAGAAAUACAAAAGAAAAAUAUAGUAGAUUAAUUAAAGUGUUUUCAGAUUUUUAAAUCAAAUAUCACUAAGCUUAAGCUGAAUUUUGGGAAAAAAUAUAAUUAAAGAUUUGA